AUGAGCGACGCAGCUGGCCGCUCUGAAAAUAAGAAGGAAAACGGCUGCGGUCAAGGCGGGAGACGCCGCGCUUCCUGUGGUUUCGCUCGACCGGCGGAGAGACUUCCUGUGCGCUCGUCGCUGUACUGGGACUGUUCUGCGUGCGACGCGCGCUGCGUGUGUCGCCACCUCAGUCAGCCUCGACAGCCGACGACGCGUCCAGCGGGCGUAGCCGCGUCGCCGCUGGCUCUGCUGGCAUCAAACGGGGCCUCCGUGCUGGACUGCGUCUGCAGCUACGUCGGCCGCGGUGAGGGAGAGGUGUUUUCCUGCUGCUGUCAGCGCAGGGACCUCGACACGCCUUGCAUCGCGGUGCCGGUUGUGGCGCGCCUGGCACAGAGCAGCUGGAGUCACGGACCACCGUCGCCUGCAGAGGGAGACCAGCAGCCCAGAGACGAGGAGGGGCGCGGCGGCGCCCUGGUGGCUGUUCGCGGCAUCGUCUGCACCUCUGGCAGGGGACUCGGCGGUGGCCUCGCGUGCCUCGUCGCUGCCGACUGCACCAACCCCUGCUCCGUGCACGGCUGCGGUCGACGUGCCAGCAGACGCAGUCCAGCACGGAGGCCCCGUUUGAUGGCAGCAGAGCCAGCGGCGACGCAGCUACGCCCGCUGGACGCGUCGUCGGCUGUCGGGGCUGACUGA